CGUCGGAGUCAUGAUCCACCAACAGCAGCCUUGACUCAUGUUUACUGCUGCCCAGUCAGUGCCUAUCUUCAGAACUUACCGCAGCCAUGUCUUGUGCAGAUCCCGGGUAUGCCCUACAACAACGUUGGAAAGAAGCAAUUCCUUGACCUCGGUGUAUCGCGCGCUCAUUCGAGCAAAAGCGGGAUCGUAUGGCGCCAACCCUUGCCUUUGACUUAGUUGAAUGCACGGCAAAAUACCGUCUGAACGAGCUUCGUGAGUCAACACGCCAAGUCCUGACUGCGAGACCUCCUGAAUGCUCCGGAUUGUGGCUGCUAGCAUGCUUUGCCCGUAUUCUUGCGAGUCAAGUCGAUCUGUAUAAAUGACUGGUCGGCGUUCUCGAGGGCGUCACCGAACCCACUCUUGGCCUCUCCGUUCAUCCUGCGGUCAAUAGUGGCACUCUGUCAUGUCCUACCGUUUCUUAGCAUCUGAUGCUUCGCUCACGACUUCGACCUCCGGCGAUCGCUCUUCUGCACCCAGCUAUACCGCCAAGCCACAAGCCGAUGAAAUUACUCUGCAGGGGUCCUUCGUGAGCGCGAUGCCCAUGGGCGAGUACGAGCAAGCUAGCGGCCCUCUUACACUUCGACUGCGCGGUCAAAUUGAGGGUAUUUCGAGGCCCGUCGUCUUCCACAAGCAGCGUGUCACCGGGGCUAUCAUGCUCAGACCCGAAGAGUGCACAGCAGCGACCCAGAUCUCCCUGAAGUUUGAAGGGAACCUCUCACUCGACAUCGACAGCGGUAUUAGCCAGACGCAUCACACUCUCAAUGAGACGCAUGUGCUGUGGCAGGCUACUGAGAGCUCGGCCGCGAUUCCUAGCUAUAUCCCCUUCGACAUUCAACUCGCCUCCGAGUUCGUCAUGCAGGACGGCCAGCGUAGCCCACUUCCACCUACUAUCGAAUUUUCCUUCCCACCUCCUUCUUCCCUCCGAGCGCGCGCCACAUACGCCAUGACGAUUGCAGUCGACCGGCGCAAGAAGCACGGCGUUCUCCCGAGGAGCAAGUCGUUGACGGUCCCCUUCGACUACGUCAGACGCACCAAGCCUCAUCUGCCGAUGAUCAUCGCACCUUCGACAGAACUCACCGACAGCGCACAAUGGUUCCACCAGACCUCACAGGUCGCCUUUAAAAGCGUUUCUACGCAGCCCCUCGAGGCCAAGCUCUCCAUCCCCGCCGCGAAGGUGUACUGGAUCGGCCAUUGCAUCCCCCUCCGUCUCAACAUACACGGCGCACCCACCGUCCUCCGUGCGCUCUUCCCGCCCUCCGGGGAGGGCGUCAGCAUCAGUGUCAACAUCGUCCGCCAGGUCGUCGCGCGCGUCCGCAAGAUGCCGGGGCGGAGGGAGAUGGUGCUCGGUGUGGGCACCGUGCGCAGAUCUCCGGGGAGAAGCGAGGACACAGUCGUGCGCUGGGAAGGGCAGGUCCAAGUCUCAGGCCCGGAGACGAUACCGGGCUUUGACGCUGGUGCGCUGCUUGUGAAGGACUUCAUCGUCGCCAAGAUCACGCCGCCUGUAACCACAGUCACUCCUUUCGAUCUCGCGCCACACAACAUCCCCAUCUCCAUCCGCUUCACCACCGAUCGCCACGAAGAUGACCUCGCGUAACAUCGCGCCAAAUGAUACAAGAAUCACAAAGAAUGUAUAUUCAUUGACUUCCUUGCGAAGCUAC